AUGGAAUCAUUGGAUAGGCCAUUUACAGAAAAGGAAAUCAGCAAUGCAGUUUUUAGUCUACCCAAAGGAAAAGCACUAGGCCCGGAUGGAUACCCCAGUGAGUUUUAUCAGACAUUUUGGGACCUAAUUAAGAGUGACAUCUGUAAGUUCUUCAAUCAGUUUCAUGCCGGCAACACAGACAUAUCCAGAUUGAAUUACACUUUUAUAUCGCUUAUACCUAAGAAGCAAGAAUAUGACCAGGCUACCUUUAUAAAAGGGCGCCAAAUAAGUGAUAGUUUCUUAACAGUGGCAGAGAUCAUCUCUCACAAUAGAAGAAUAAAAACCUCAGGGGUGUUGCUUAAGCUAGACUUUGAGAAAGCUUUUGACAUGUACGUAUAUUGUUUCAAUGAAAAAAAUAGAUACCAAGACAAGUUGCCCAAUGUCGACGUUUUCGUGUGCACAGCAGACCCAAUGAUAGAACCACCGGCUAUGGUGAUCAACACUGUUCUUUCAGUCAUGGCAUAUGAGUACUCGCCGGAGAAGCUUAGUGUCUACCUCUCUGAUGAUGCUGGGUCUGAGCUCACAUUCUAUGCUCUCUUAGAGGCGUCUUGUUUUGCAAAAUCUUGGAUACCUUUUUGCAAGAAGUUCAAGGUGGAGCCUAGAUCUCCAGCUGCUUAUUUUAAAGAAGAACGUAUAGGCCCAAAAGAUGGCCUACAAGCUGCUGAAUGGGAAAAAACAAAGAGCUUGUACACAGAAAUGGAAAACCGAAUCAAUGAUGUUGUGAAAUUUGGGAAGGUGUCAGAAAAUAUUCGCCAACAACAUAGAGGAUUUCUUGAGUGGAACAGGGCUACAACUUCUCAAGAUCACCAAGCCAUUCUCCAUAUUUUUAUUGAUGGGAGAGACAAGAAUGCUAUUGAUGAUGAAGGCUUUACACUGCCCACAUUGGUUUACAUGGCUCGUGAGAAGAGACCCUAUCGCCACCAUAAUUUCAAAGCUGGAGCUAUGAAUUCUCUGCUCUCUCUCUCUCUCUCAUGCAUAUUGUGUUACAUUUCUAAUGAACAGGUAUGUGACAUAUGGUUCGUGCCAUUCUCAUAUGUGAUCACGGCUACAACUAUAUUUAAUUUAUGGGAGGCACUGUCGAUUGGAUAUACAAUGAAACAGUGGUGGAACGAGCAAAGGAUGUAUUUGUUCAAGAGAUUGGCUUCUUACUCCUUUGCAUUCAUUGACACAAUCCUUAAGCAUCUGGGUCUUAACAAGUCCACAUUCAUCAUCACAGCAAAGGUGGCUGAUGAUGAGGUCUUGAAGAGAUAUGAGCAAGAGAUCAUGGAAUUCGGCUCGCCUUCUCCCAUGUUCACAGUCCUAGCGACGCUUGCGAUGCUAAACCUUGUUUGCCUGAUAGGUGGAACCAAGAGGCUGGUGUUGGAUGAAGGAAUUGGUCUACUUGGCCCAAUGCUACUGCAGUUUGUUCUCUGUGGGUCUGUUGUCCUCAUCAACAUGCCCGUCUACCAAGCAAUGUUCUUCCGCAACGAUGCGGGAUGCAUGCCGACCUCCAUCACAUUGACAUCUGUUGCUCUGGCCAUGUUAGCUUACAUAGUUCCUGAGCAGUAUUUUAGGUUUCCAAGAAUUUCUUAAUGAGAUGAAAGGAACAGGAGUUCGGUUUGAAUCAUGAAGUCAUGGCACAUAAGAUGGAAAUAAGUUACAGCAAAGGCAAGUUCUUGUAUCAUGAGAUAUCCAUCCUUUUCUAGCCUAAAUAUUGAAGCAUUAAAGGGUCCUUUGACAUCAUCAAGGGCUUUACAUGUUGAAUUCCUUCAUGCAAAGACAACUUAAUUGUUAUUAAGACAUCUCUUUGUUGUAUCAAACUUUCAAUAUGUGAUUCGUCUACCUAUAAUUACAGAUUCUCAUCAAAG